AUGCAUUCCAUUGAUAGAACAGGUACUGGAACUCCCUUGAAUACAAGAUUGGUGAAACCUUACACGUUGACUCCACCCGUGGAUGCUGAUGGAUUAUCGUGGCCAAGUAUAGGUACCAAGCAGAGGGCCCAAGAAUCUGAAACAGACCCUGAUGAAAAGGCUCGUGUAGAACGUAUUGCUGGAGCAAUGAAGACUAUCUUAACUGAAUUGGGUGAAGACGUAGAUAGAGAAGGUCUUUUAGAUACUCCGCAACGUUAUGCUAAAGCAAUGCUUUUCUUUACCAAGGGGUAUGAAACUAAUAUCAUGCAAGAUGUCAUACAUAAUGCUGUUUUUGAAGAGGACCAUGAUGAAAUGGUCAUUGUGAGGGAUAUCGAAAUUUAUUCCCUAUGUGAGCAUCAUUUAGUCCCAUUCUUUGGCAAAGUUCAUAUUGCUUAUAUUCCAAAUAAAAAAGUCAUUGGGUUAAGUAAACUAGCCAGGUUGGCUGAGAUGUAUGCAAGAAGAUUGCAAGUCCAAGAAAGAUUAACAAAGCAAAUUGCAUUGGCCUUAAGCAAAAUUUUGAAACCUCUAGGUGUUGCCGUAGUGAUUGAAGCUACGCAUAUGUGUAUGGUUUCCAGAGGUGUACAAAAGACCGGAUCAUCGACAAUGACCUCUUGUAUGUUGGGCUGUUUCAGGAAUGACCAUAAAACAAGGGAAGAAUUCUUGACAUUAUUGAAUAAAAAAAGCUGA